GCAGCGAGUGGGCACACCUCCCUUCCUCCUAUCUUUUUUCGCAGGGAUGGGCGGGAGAGGGGAGACAGAGCGAUUCCAGCUCAGUAUCCUGCCUCAUGAGGCAGGCAGUGCUUGACUAGCAGCAGCCCCCAAUGCCUUUUUUUUAUUCUCCCACUGAGCAAUAUUGGUGAGACUGUGCAUUGCUGCAGCAACAAUGUCUAACCUGUGUGAGUGGCAUGUGAUAUCAGACCAGAGUUGAGAGAGAGGAAAGGACAUCUGUGCCUGCUUUUUUUGUCAUCUGGAUGGGAAGUCUUUUUUGGGAGGAGAGACAGAAGAAAGCAGAAGGCAGCCGGGGAAGGGGAAAAACUGGCAACAGCCAAUCCCCCCUUCCACACAUAGACUGGAGACAACGGAGACCACUGGAGUAUUUGCUUUUAUCUUUCGUUUUUUGUUCUUUUUUUUUCUCAUCGCGCUGCUGGGAGGUGCUUUACCUUUUCAUUUGCUUGCUCUCUCGGUCCUCUGUCUUCUCAUCUAUUUCGCCAUUUACCUGGUCAACAAUUUCUUCUAUUUAUGAGCCAAACAAGGAGGGAGAGAGAGAGAGGCAGAGAGACAGAGAAAAAGAGAAAGAGGAGGGGGAUUUCUUUUUUUGGCCCCCUUAUUCUCUUUUUUUGUCCCCUUCGUUCAUUCCUCCUUCCCUCUCCAUCGCUAUCACUUGCAGCCCUUUCUAUCCCUGUGCAACCCACGCUCCCUCCUCCCCUACCGCCUCCCUCCUUCUCCUCUUCCUCCUCUUCCUCCUCUCCACCACACCACUCCGCUCACUGUCCACCCGUAACUUUGGCUACUUUUUUGAUUCCACCAGUGUUUUAAUUUCCUCACUUCAAAAAACCCAACUCUUUUAAUUGGCUUGCUUGUAUUUUCUAUUUACGCCUUUUUUCACUUUUGUACCUUUUCCUAUCCCCCCCUUCUCUUUUUUUUCCUCCUCCCGUCCUAUGCAUCUUUUUUGGGCGAUUCUUAAUUCUAACCAUAGACUGGCGGACGUCAGACAAGCACGCGACGCCAGACAUCUCUUCGGAGGAGCGAAGGGGAGAACAGAAGCGAAGCUGCUCCUGUGGAGUACAAUUAACUCGAAAUUGCUGCUUUACCCUCUUGACCUGUUGAGGAUUUUACCUAAAACUGCUUUUAGCCUCCCUCAGUCUGAGGCUAUGAGAGCGAGAGAGGAGUCCCAGGCCGCACCAUCAUGCUACUUCUGAGACGCUGGGAUGAGACUUUGGCUGGCAAAACACAAGGUAUUACCCUCCCACUCCUCCACCAUGCCUGUCUGCGUUUGCCGCAGCCUCUCCUCACCUCGGGGCCAAGCUGGGGCCUCCUCCUCCGCCCCCUCGGUCGCCCAGGAGCAGGAGAGGCCAGUCCGACCCCUACAUCCACCCCCGCCUCCGUCGCUUCAGCGCCACACCAGCGCCUCCUGCCGCCUUUCGCUUCUUCUCCUGCUUCUCUGCCUUCUCCACCUGCCCCCGGCCUGCCACUCACGGAGAGAGAAAGGCGGGGGAGGUGGUGGGGGAGGAGGCGGUGGUGGUGGCGGCGGCGGCCACUACAUCCCCAUCCCCCAACCCCCUCCCCACCACAUGGCCCUGCCCAACAUCCUGCGCGGCCUCAGCAUUGCCGUUGUCCUGGUGGGCAACUCCAGCGAGGUGGCGCUAGCCGGGGCGCGGGAGAAGGACGACUUCCUGCACAUGGCGCCCAACGUGGAAGUGCUGACCAUGAAUGAGACGGACCCUAAAAGCAUCAUCAAGAGCAUCUGUGACCUAAUGACGGAUCACUGGCUGCAGGGCGUGGUGUUUGGGGACGACACUGACCAGGAGGCCAUCGCCCAAAUCCUCGACUUCAUCUCAGCCCAGACCCACAUCCCCAUCCUCGGAGUCCGCGGGGGCUCCUCCAUGAUCAUGGCCGCCAAGGAUGACGACUCCAUGUUCUUUCAGUUCGGCCCCUCCAUCGAGCAGCAGGCUUCGGUCAUGCUAAAUAUCAUGGAGGAGUACGACUGGUACAUCUUCUCCAUCGUCACCACGUACUACCCGGGUUACCAGGACUUUGUCACCAAGAUCCGUAGCACCAUCGAGAACAGCUUCGUGGGCUGGGAACUGGAGGAAGUGAUACUGCUCGACAUGUCCGUAGACGACGGAGAUUCGAAGAUCCAGAACCAGCUGAAGAAGCUGCAGAGCCCCGUCAUUCUUCUCUACAGCACAAAAGAAGAGGCCAACACCAUCUUCGAGGUGGCUCACUCGGUUGGGAUCACGGGCUACGGCUACACGUGGAUAGUGCCCUCGCUGGUAGCUGGAGACACCAUUGUAGUGCAUGCAGAGUUCCCCACAGGUCUGCUUUCCGUGUCCUAUGACGAGUGGGACUACAACCUGGAGGCCCGCGUUCGCGACGGCGUGGCCAUCAUCACUAUGGCAACCUCCACCAUGAUGAUGGACCGCGGACCUCACACUUUGCUGAAGUCUGAGUGCCACGGAACUCCGGACAAGAAGACCCCCAUCUCAGGCAACCCCAACGAAGUGCUCAGGUACCUGAUGAAUGUGACUUUUGAGGGGCGAAACCUGUCGUUCAGCGAGGACGGAUACCAGAUGCACCCCCAGCUGGUCAUCAUUCUGCUCAACAAGGAGAGACAGUGGGAGAGGGUGGGCAAGUGGGAGAACGGUUCCCUGUCCAUGAAGUACCACGUGUGGCCUCGCUAUGAACUAUAUGGGGGGGCAGCGAACAGGGAGGACGACCACCUGUCCAUUGUGACGUUGGAGGAGGCUCCGUUCGUCAUCGUGGAAGACGUGGAUCCGCUCAGCGGGACGUGCAUGAGGAACACUGUGCCCUGCCGGAAACAGAUCAAAAUCCUCAAUCAGACGAAGGAUUCAGGGAUCUACAUAAAGCGCUGCUGUAAGGGAUUCUGCAUUGACAUCCUGAAGAAGAUCGCCAAGCAGGUGAAGUUCACCUACGACCUUUACCUGGUCACCAAUGGUAAACACGGCAAGAAGAUCAACGGGACAUGGAACGGCAUGGUGGGAGAGGUGGUGUUGAAAAAUGCCCACAUGGCCGUCGGCUCCUUGACCAUCAACGAGGAGAGGUCGGAGGUCAUUGACUUCUCCGUCCCCUUCAUCGAGACGGGCAUCAGCGUCAUGGUGUCCCGUAGCAACGGCACCGUUUCGCCCUCGGCCUUCUUAGAGCCCUUCAGUGCGGAUGUGUGGGUGAUGAUGUUCGUGAUGCUGUUGCUGGUGUCAGCUAUGGCUGUGUUUAUAUUCGAGUACUUCAGCCCUGUGGGCUACAACCGCUGUCUGGCUGACGGCAGAGAGCCCCACGGUCCGUCCUUUACCAUCGGUAAGGCCAUCUGGCUGCUGUGGGGGCUGGUCUUUAACAACUCUGUGCCGGUGCAGAACCCCAAAGGCACCACCAGUAAGAUCAUGGUGUCCGUGUGGGCCUUCUUUGCUGUCAUCUUCCUGGCCUCCUACACUGCCAACCUGGCUGCUUUCAUGAUCCAGGAGGAAUAUGUGGACCAGGUAACUGGGCUCUCAGACAAAAAGUUCCAGAGUCCCAACGACUUCUCGCCUCCCUUUCGGUUCGGCACUGUCCCAAAUGGGAGUACGGAGAGAAACAUUAGGAACAACUAUCCAGAAAUGCACGGCUACAUGACAAAGUUUCAUCAGAGAAACGUCAACGAAGCCCUGGCCUCUCUCAAGGCCGGCAAACUAGAUGCUUUCAUUUACGACGCGGCCGUACUGAACUACAUGGCCGGCAGGGACGAGGGCUGCAAGCUGGUGACCAUCGGCAGCGGCUACAUCUUUGCCACCACGGGGUACGGCAUCGCCAUCCAGAAGGAGUCGCUCUGGAAGAGACAUGUGGACCUGGCCAUCCUGCAGCUCUUCGGAGACGGUGAGAUGGAGGAGCUGGAGUCCCUGUGGCUGACGGGGAUCUGCCACCACGAGAAGAACGAGGUGAUGUCCAGCCAGCUGGAUGUGGACAACAUGGCCGGCGUCUUCUACAUGCUCGGCGCCGCCAUGGCUCUGUCGCUCAUCACCUUCAUCUGCGAGCACUGGUUCUACUGGCAGCUGCGCUUCUGCUUCAUGGGCGUCUGCUCCGGCCAGCCCGGCUUCGUCUUCUCCAUCAGCAGGGGCAUCUACAGCUGUAUCCACGGUGUGCAGAUUGAGGAGAAGAGCAGCUCGGCAUUGAACUCGCCAUCAGCCACCAUGAACAACACCCAUUCCAACAUCAUGCGUCUCCUACGCACCGCCAAGAACAUGGCCUCCCUGUCGGGGGUGAACGGCUCACCCCACAGCGCUCUGGACUUCAUCCGCCGGGAAUCCUCAGUUUAUGACAUCUCUGAACACCGGCGCAGCUUGGCGGGCCACUCCGACUGCAAGCCACCUUACAUCCCGGAAGACAACAUGUUCAGCGACUACAUCAGUGAGGUGGAGAGGACGUUUGGGAACCUCCACCUGAAGGACAGUAAUCUGUACCAGGACCACUACAUGCACCACCAUGGCUCAACACUGGGGCUCAGCGGACCAGCGCCCAACAGGCCCCACAGUCUGGGCAGUGCUAGUUCUCUGGAGGGGGGCAUGUUCGACUGUGACAGCCUGGGCGGAGGGAUGGCCCCUAUUUUCACCACCCAGCCAUGCUCAGCACUGACCCACAGGAACAUGAGCAAGUUUGACCUGCUGUCUGGACAGACUCCCCCCUCAGGCCAGAGCUUUAAAGGAGGCCUGCCGGACCUGUAUGGAAAGUUCUCCUUCAAGGGAGGUGCCUCAAGUUCCACGUUUAUCCCUGGGCACGGCUACUGUGGAGGGAGAGGAGAUGACGAUGGGAAUAUACGCUCGGAUGUUUCGGACAUUUCUACACACACAGUAACUUAUGGGAACCUGGAGGGUAAUGCCAAGAAGCGUAAACAAUACCGCGAUAGCCUGAAAAAGAGGCCGGCCUCUGCCAAGUCCAGACGGGAGCUGGACGAGAUCGAGCUGGGCUACAGGAGGAAACCCUACCACAUCAGCCACCACCAUUACCACGGCCACCGCGCUACCUCCCCACCGCUUUUGCCCGCUGAACGGAAGAGAGGAGGAGGAGGAGGUGGAGGUGGAGGAGGUAACAACGACGGGAACUCCUAUCUCUUCAGAGAAAAGGAGAGCGUUAGGGAUUUUUAUUUGGACCAGUUUCGGCCCAAAGAGGGUGUCCCUCAGUGGGAACAUGUGGACCUGACGGAGGGCCCUGGGAGUAGAGAUGGAGGAGUGGCGACCUGCACCACCCUGGUUCCAGUGGAUGACUUUCUUAAGGGCAAACCCAAAAAGUCAGAUUCAAAGAGUGGGGGAGGAUCUGGGCUGGCAGGGGGAGAGUGGGAGUGCAGGAACUGUCGGGCUAGCGGGGUAGGAGUGGGCAAGCAGAUGUCCAUGCAUGGAGGAGGGGGUGUGGGUGUUGGGUACGGUGGUGGUAUGAGCUGCGGGUCCUCUGGAGGCGGAGGAAACAGCCGCCCCAGCUCUGCGACCUGCAUGCGCUGUGAGGGUUGUAAAAAGACAGGAACCCUCUACGAUAUCAGCGAGGACAACAACCACCUAUUGGAACAGAUGGGGGGAGGGAAAGGCGGAGGAGGAGGAGGCGGCAUGGGUGCAGGCCCUCAGUCUCAACCUCAGGGCCAGCAGAGGAGAAAGAGUGGAGGAUUGGGCAAACCACUGAGGCGGCAGCACUCGUAUGACGCGUUUGUGGACCUCCAGAAAGAGGAGUCAGGUGGGAUGGGAAGUCUGAUGGGCCUAGGGGGGGUUGGAGGGAUGAGCGGUGCGGGUAUAGGAGGGAUGCUGCCCCCACCCAGGAGUGUUAGCUUGAAGGAGAAAGAACGCUACAUGGAGGGCUCCAGCCCCUUCGCAAACAUAUUUGAGCGUCACGGGGGCUCGGAGCGAGAAAGGGAAAGAGACCGGGACCCAUUGUUUUACGCAGGUGAGGGCCGGAAAAGACCCGGCUCACCAUUCGGCCUGUUCAGAGGCGGCGAUGGCCUCCACCGCCGCUCCGUCGGAGAGAGAGACAUGCAAGACCGGGACAGGUCUUUGAUGGAAGGAGGAGGUGGGGGAGGGUUCUCUUUAUCCAAAUCUCUUUACCCUGACAGGGUAAACCAAAACCCCUUCAUACCCACCUUUGGGGACGACCAGUGUCUGAUGCACGGAGCCAAACAAUAUUACAUGAAAAAGCAACAGCAGCAGCAACAAGUUGCCAAAAACAGCCGAAGUGACUUCAGGAGCCAGAUGAGCACGACGUCAUAUCUGCCGGCGUCUGCCACGGCCGGGGUGAUGUCCAACGUGACCCCCCGGUUCCCAAAAGAGCUCAGCCACGGUGGAAUGAACCACCACGGCUCCAUGCUGGGGGUGGGCCCUCCGCGUCCCUUCAACGGAAGCAAUGGCCAUGUGUACGAGAAACUCUCCAGCAUUGAGUCUGACGUGUGAGAACAAAACAGAAAAAGGGGGAGGGGGGAGCGGACAAUGGCGAGGAAGGACGGGGGUGGGGGGUGGGUGGAUUAGAGGCCUGUACUAGUGUUAGGAGAUCAGGGAUGAUUUUAAAAGACACUGUCCACACACUGCAACCCUAGCCCAUAUUGGGACAGCACGAUUAGGUAAGAGAGGAGAGACUGUGACAUAGAGAAAUAAGAGUACAAAUCUUGUUUUAGCAAAAAAAAACUAAUCUGGGUUAAAAAAUCAGGACACUCUGUGGAGGUGUGGGAUGUUAACCCCCUCUCAGAAACGGCCAAAGCGACUCUACUUUUCUGUCCACUCACGGUCAAUCAACAUCCCCUCCUCACCAUCACACGAAUGCGCUCGCCUCCCCAAGUCCAUCAUCUUCACCCAGCAGUGACGCAGAAGUCCAUGUACUCGGUGAUUAUCGCCCAGAGGCGACAGCUCAUCUUUUAGUUUGAUACUGGACGUGUGAGCCUGGUGCGAUGCCAUUGGCUGUCGACGCGAGAGCUCCCGCCGAGGCGCUUCUGAGGAAAAGACUGCGAGAGCGAGCGGCCCAUCUGCCCCAGUGUCACCGCAGAACGGAGACGUCGUCACGCUCACCGGGGCUGCGACGCAGGAGAUAACUCGUGCUUCUCUCUCUGGAGGGAGACAGACUGUCCAUCUCCUCUCCGUCCCAUCCCGUCUCCCCCCCCCCCCACCCCAACCCCACCCCCUCUCUCCUCUCCCUCCCUCCUCCUCAUCCCCCGACGCCAAAUGAGCUGAUCUUGUUUGCUUUGAGAAAUACAAUCAUGAAUGAUAAUAAGAUAUUCUUAUAGAAAAAAAAACAGGGUAUAAAAACAACAAUAAUAUUGAUAACAUUGUGAAUAACAAAGAUGUUAGUGCUGAUUAUGAAAUCACUUAAGUUUUUUGUUUUUUUAUAUUGGUAUGAUAUUCCACUACUGUUUCAGUACCUGUAGUUGUAUCGUGUCUGCCUCCUGGCAGCAGGACGGUUGUUCUAAGUUCAACCAUCAGGCCACAAAGACUGAGUCCUUAACUUCUUCUUUCUUUUUUUUUUCAAUGGUUUCUGUAGAAUAUUCUACUUCAUGCUCAUGCAUUCAUUUGCUCCUUGUGGGGAAAAAAUCGGAUCUGGAAAGACAUUCAGAGCUGACAGAUCCUUCUUUGGUGUUUCAAGACGUUACAAAUGAAGUGCACACACACACACACACACACACACACACACACACACACACACACACACACACACUCUCACACUUUAAACACAUGCAGAUUUUGUCGGCCUGAACUUGUGUUACUGUGAUCGACGCGUUUCGUCUGAAAGCUGAAGAUGCUGAGAGGAAGGACAUGCCUUAAUGGUCUCCAGUGGAUGUGUCCUCCGGUUCACACGCCGUCCUCGCGCGACAGUCAGCCCCGGGACGGACCAGCAUGCUUUUUCAGGCUCUUCGGUGACUCUCUGUCUCUCUAUUGAGCCGAAACUGCAGUGAAAAUUUACAGCAAGGCUUUGAGACACUGCAGCUGAUGGUUUGGAUACAAGAGGAGCUGUUUUAUAACUUCGUAAGAAAACGAUUUCCUAUGUCGAAUGUGGGCAGUGCUUUACGAACCAGAUGUCUUUUUAGGAUGUCACGGACAGACCGACCGCGUCUCACUCCACAACACGGCAGCCUUUAGACCACUUCUUUUAUUCAGGUUACAUGAUAACAGUCACCAGGCACUCACCUUUUUAGUUCUUUUCCCGCCUGUCUCCAGUAUCUCGUAGAAGGCGUUACUUAUUCACUCACGUAAGCAGUCUGAGAGGCGCGCACAGAAGGCGUUGUUUGUACAUUGUGGAUGAUAACUAUACGCACUGCUGUU